UGAAGGGACAAACAAAACAGGGAGAAGGAAGUUUUGCUGCGCAGCCUUUGCGAUGAACAAGCUGUUCCGCACGAUUUGAAAAUAAUCCGCGUGUCAGUGUCAUCUUUCUUAUGCAAAGUAGGUGUCUUUGAAGGCGGAUCUUUGGCAGGUUAGACCAGGACAGAGGCUCCGAGCAGCUCAGACGAGCGCGCAGCCACCAAACACUUCCACCGGGCUGCUCCGGGGAGGAGCGCAGCGCUGCUUUCUCCAGGGGAAUUUCUCCGAGGAUGGUCGUUUUGACGCGUUUUUAUGAGUGAUUACCUGCUUCUGCGCGUGUGGAAAUGAAAAGAAUUCUGUUGCUGCUUUAAGUUUUUUGGGGGGAGAGACAGCGGACCACAGCGCGGCGACAGCUCCAAAAGUGCCAUGCGGAGUGGAGACGUUUGGAAUCCGGAGCGAAGGAGAAAUGCGUUUAUUUUAUGCCAAGAAGACUGAUGUGCGUAAAUGAGAAGAAGUCGCUCCGGCGCUUCAGAGAGAAUGGAGCAGACAGCGCGCCCUCAGCGCGGAUCCGUUUCCUCUCCGUCGUGGGAUUUCUGUUUCUAAACUCUGCAGAUCUUCACUGAGGAAAUCAUGAUCGAUUUGGCUCCUCUUUUACCCUUUCUUUUGGAUUUUUAAGAAACCUUAUGUGACCCAAUUUACUUUUUUGAAUUGCAUCUUUUUUUGUCUUAAAAUUUAGUUGUGGACAAUGUGCUCAAGUGUGGCGCUUCUGGUGCUGUGGAGCAGCAUGGCUUCAGCCAUCAGCUCAAUAGACCCAGACUGGUCAGGAGAGGGGAGAUGUCAGCACAUAACCAUCCCCCUGUGUAAAGACAUCGGCUACAACAUGACGCGCAUGCCCAACCUCAUGGGCCACGACGAUCAGUUAGAGGCAGCAAUAAAGCUGCAGGAGUUUGCAUCACUGAUCCAGUGCGGAUGCCACAGCCACCUCAAGUUUUUCCUGUGCUCGCUGUACGCUCCCAUGUGCACGGAGCAGGUGUCCAACCCCAUUCCAGCAUGCAGAGUCAUGUGUGAACAGGUCAAGCUGAAGUGCUCCCCCAUCCUGGAAAAGUUCCAGUUCCCCUGGCCUGACUCUCUGGACUGCUCCCGUUUGCCCACCAAGAAUGACCCGAAUAACCUGUGCAUGGAGGCGCCCAACAAUGGCUCGGAUGAGCCGCCGAAAGUCCCCCACACCCAGCCACCAGACUUCCGGCCACAGCAGCCCCUGAGUGGGCAUGACCUGCAUCCUAAGGACAUUGGAGGAAAGCAGACUUGCACUAACCCAGGAAAGUUCCACUUUGUGGAGAAAAGUGAGUCAUGUGCCCCCAAAUGCAACCCCAAAGUGGAUGUAUUCUGGAGCCAGGGAGACAAGCAGUUCUCUCUGGUGUGGAUGGCCAUCUGGUCCAUCCUCUGCUUUGUCUCCAGUGCCUUCACUGUUCUCACUUUCCUCAUUGACCCGCAGCGGUUCAAAUACCCUGAGAGGCCAAUCAUCUUCCUCUCCAUGUCCUACUGUGUUUACUCUGUGGGCUACCUCAUUCGACUUUUUGUGGGAGCUGACAGAAUAGCCUGUGACAGAGACAAUGGGGUGCAGUAUAUUAUCCAGGAGGGUCUUGAGAGCACUGGCUGCACCAUUGUGUUCCUCAUCUUGUAUUAUUUUGGCAUGGCCAGCUCCCUCUGGUGGGUUAUCCUGACCCUCACAUGGUUCCUGGCUGCAGGGAAGAAGUGGGGUCACGAGGCCAUCGAGGCCAACAGCAGCUACUUCCAUCUGGCGGCGUGGGCCAUCCCGGCCGUGAAGACCAUCAUGAUCCUGGUGAUGAGGAAGGUGGCCGGGGAUGAGCUGACCGGCGUCUGCUACGUGGGCAGCAUGGAUGUCAAGGCUCUCACAGGUUUUGUGCUCAUUCCUCUCUCUUGUUAUCUCAUCAUCGGCACUUCUUUCCUGUUAUCUGGAUUUGUGGCUCUUUUCCACAUCCGAAAGAUUAUGAAAACAGAGGGAGAGAACACAGACAAGCUCGAGAAGUUGAUGGUUCGCAUCGGGGUCUUCUCUGUGCUUUACACCGUCCCGGCCACCUGCGUGAUCGCCUGCUACUUCUACGAGAGGCUCAACAUGGACUACUGGCGCAUCCUGGCAGAGAAGCAUAAAUGUGUGGACGGUAGCAGGCCAGAGUCGGACGAGUGUGUCAUGAAGGCUUCCAUACCCGCCAUCGAGAUCUUCAUGGUGAAAAUUUUCAUGCUGUUGGUGGUGGGCAUCACCAGCGGUAUGUGGAUCUGGACCUCAAAGACGCUACAGUCGUGGCAGAACGUUUUCAGCAAAAAGGUGAAGAAGAGGACGAGGAGGAAGGCGGCUAGCGUGUUCACCAGCAGUAGGCCUUAUAUAAAACCUCACCCAUCUCUAAAAGGGCAAAAUACCAAGUAUGAGCCUACUCGGCCCCCUCCGACGUGUGUAUGAGCUGGUUCUCUUUGUACAGACACCCCUUCCCAGAAUGCACCAUCAGAUGAUCAGAGACACUGAAAAAUUCAACCUUGUUUUAUUUAUUCAGUAUUAAUUGAAAAGUGUUUUUUUUCUAGGCUUUUAUCCAUGUCAUGUGACAACAGCCACCUUUGUUUGAGAUGACUCGUCCCAUAUGACAAAAAAAAAAAAUGGUUCUCCAAACAAAAAGAGUGCUGGAGUCAGUUGGAUGUCACACAACAUUGCUGGAAUUAUGUGCAAUAGAUGUGUUUCUUACCAGCAAAGACACUCGUACUGUUGGUGACACACUCCACAGGACUCCAUAGACAUGUGGGUCGUGUCCAGCCUUUCUUCCUGAAAUGAAGGCAGUGUCAUAUAUAUGCCUGGACUUGACUGACAGCAGCUGUUUAACAACCUCUCCACUGCCUAUUGUGAAGCAAAUUCCAUGCCAUAAAUUAAUGAAGCACUCUUAAGUUGAAAAGUUAUAUGUACGCAGUUUUGUCUUUUCUUUCUUUGCUGUUUUAUAUCACAAGGAAGCAUUUGUAUAUAUUUCUAAAAGGUUAAGAUUUUAUAGAAAAAUAAAAACACUCUAGUUUUGAA